AUGGCUACGUCAAAGCUGCCAACCCAUGUGGUCUUCGAGACGUCUGUGGGUGGCUUUACGAUGGAAUUGUACUCUGAGCACGCGCCAAAAACCUGUUGGAAUAUUGUCGAGCUGGCGCGACGCGGUUACUAUAACAAUACCAUCUUUCACCGCAUUAUUAAAGGUUUUAUGAUUCAAGGUGGGGAUCCCACAGGAACGGGAAGAGGCGGAGAGUCCAUUUAUGGGGCAAAAUUUGAUGAUGAGAUCUCCAAGGAGCUCAAACACACGGGAGCUGGUGUGCUGUCGAUGGCGAAUUCAGGGCCGAACACUAAUGGCAGUCAGUUCUUCAUUACGUUGGCACCGACACCGUGGCUGGAUGGUAAGCACACGAUAUUUGGGCGGAUUUCGACGGGGAUGAAGGUGAUUCAGCGCAUGGGUAUGGUGCCAACUGGCGCUAAUGACAGACCUCACGAAGAGAUCCAUGUCAAGCGUGCCUAUCCAAUUUCACAAUGA